CUUCGCUGUGUAAACCAUGGAGAACGACCAGGGUGUGCUUGUCGACCUUUACGUUCCGCGCAAAUGCGCGGCAACUAACCGCCUAAUCACUUCAAAAGACCACGCUUCGGUCCAAAUCUCUAUUGUCGACGUCGAUGCGGAUGGCAAGGCACUUCCAACUACUACCACAUUUGCACUGUGUGGCAAAGUUCGAGCGAGCGCUGAGAGUGAUGACUCCAUAAACCGAUUGGCCACUCAGGCGGGAUUACUUCGCGGGGUCUGGUCAUACCAGAAGUAAUGAGCUAUUCUCUAGAUUUGCUCCGUUGUAUUUUCUAUCUACAUUUGCGACUAUGCGAGCUUUCGACCAGUGUCCACAAUU